AUCAAAACUCCUUUAUUGGGAAUUUGACCAUAAAGAAAGACAGGUAUAAAACUGCUGAAAAAUAUUUCGCCAAGAAAAUAAAUGAAGCGAUUGAUUAUGUAAAACUUGCUGUUGAUUUGGAAGAAUCGCUCCAAGGCGUAUAUGCAGACUUUCGAGAUGCCAAGCUUUUAGAUUGCAAAGAAAACUCCAAUAGUUUAUUUUGUGCGGUAGAACUGCAAUUCGGGGACACUUUUGCAAAAGAACAGGUGAAUCUGAUCACAGCACCAUCCAUUUGUACUGCCUUAGACGACACUCAUUGCUGGAUUAAACCUAAUCUUGUUUUAGAACGAAAACUCGAAGAAAAAGUAUUCCAGAAAACCGAUCCUUGUAUGCCCAUUGUAAAACAAGCGUUAUGUGGAGACACCACCAUUUGUUCAAGCUCUUUGGACUCUAAAAGUUUCCAAUGUACCUGUGCUGAGGGAUUCUACUCCAUGGGAAGCUACAAUCCGACCACAAACUCGGAAACAUUCAUACAGAAAUGUCUUGAUAUUGAUGAAUGUCUUAAUUCCACAUCAUGUCCUAACAAUACAGAAUGUCUCAAUACGUUUGGCAGUUACAAAUGUCUGUGUAAAAAUGGAUACCGAAAAGCAGUAGAUACUGAAGAUCCAAAAGUAUCUGGAUGUAUUGCUGUAUGCGAGCCUAACCCAUGCUUACAAGGUACCUGCGUACAAGUUGGAAAUCAUGGAUUUGCAUGCGACUGUGGCAGUUCUUACACUGGUUAUUUAUGUAAUUCUACAAAUGCUGCACUGAUGGACUACAAGAAAAAAGGCAAUCAAAAGGCAGCUGCAGUAGGAGGAGUUCUUGGCGCACUUCUGCUUAUCACUUUAGUGGCUGGUUACUUACUCUGCAGAAGAUUGCAGAAAAGAAUAGAUGAAAAUGAUUCUUAUUCACAAAGACAGCGCAAUAUCUUUACAGAAAUAGUAAGUAAGACUCGCCAACGCAGCACUGCUGAUGAUAUCGAAGGGAAAAGAGAACAGAGACUUCAAAGCGGUGCGUACCAAAAGGGUUACGGAAGAGGAUCUGAAGACGGUUCUUUGGAGCUUCACGAAACGCCUCUGAAAAGAACCAGGGAAAAACAACACGAAAAUAAGGCUUACCAAAACGAAUGAACUUAGAACACUUAAUAAAUGUUUCAUAACCUGUAUGGGAAAAAAUAUUCAUUAAAAACGCAAAACAGUAGUUACUGCCCAAACAUGCUGUUACUUUUCAGUUAGAAGAAUUGUAACGUAUAGCGAAACUUAAUAUUAAGGACAAAAAAUAUCUUGAAUUUGAAAGUUUUCUCAUUGUACUUGACAAUAAAUCAUCUUUCAUGAUUAUGAAUGGUGGGAUUCAAAAUUAUUUAAAAAACAAAAAGUUCGUAUCUAUAUUUUUUAUUUAAUAAAAAUCAUCUGAGAAGAAAUUUUUUUACUUCAUUGUCAUACAUAAAUUCAUGGAACCAUAAUGUACAUUCA